CUAUUGGGAUAUUUGAAGCCUAAGACAUUUCUGGGCCCAAAAGGCAAAGCGCAUUUGAAACAGAAAUAAAACCCUAGCCCUAAUCUCUCUCACCUCUACUCUCAAACGCCGCUGCCUUCUUUGUUUCUGCGCCGCUGCUCUACACCUUCCUUCGGUUCGCCCAAUGGCAUCGGAAAAGAAGCUGUCGAACCCAAUGAGGGAGAUUAAAGUUCAAAAACUUGUCCUCAACAUCUCUGUCGGUGAAAGCGGUGAUCGUCUCACCCGUGCCGCUAAGGUCUUGGAACAACUCAGUGGUCAAACCCCUGUCUUCUCCAAGGCUAGGUACACUGUGAGAUCUUUUGGAAUCAGGCGUAAUGAAAAGAUUGCUUGCUAUGUGACGGUGAGGGGAGAGAAGGCUAUGCAACUUCUCGAGAGCGGUUUGAAGGUUAAGGAGUAUGAACUUUUGAGGAGAAACUUCAGUGAUACUGGAUGCUUCGGAUUUGGCAUCCAGGAGCACAUUGAUCUUGGCAUCAAGUACGACCCUUCAACUGGUAUCUACGGUAUGGACUUUUAUGUUGUCCUGGAACGAGCUGGGUACCGCGUUGGUCGUCGUCGCAGGUGCAAGUCACGUGUUGGUAUCCAGCACAGAGUAACAAAGGAGGAUGCCAUGAAAUGGUUCCAGGUCAAAUAUGAAGGUGUCAUCCUUAAUAAGUCUCAAAACAUUGGAGCUUAGGGGUAGCAUUUCAAGUUCAGUUGAGUUGUUUGAAGUUUUGGUUAUUUGAUUUUGACUAUUUACUGUAUCUGGUUUUUUGUUUUACCGGAGAGAUAUAUGAUUGACUUGAAAUUCCAAAGUACCUUCCUUGUUGGUUUAUUACAUUAUCAACAUUAUCAAUAUUUAUACAAUUGGAGAAUGCCUUUCUCUGUUCAA